GCAAUUCCAUACCCUCCCCAACCCAAAAUUCUCCACCCCCCCCCUCUCUCUCUCUCUACUUUCUCUCUCUACACACCCAACCAAUCCCAUCCCCAAAACGCUGCGUAUCACAUGACGGACUACCGGAUACCGCCGACGACGAAUCUGUGGACGGACGACAACGCGUCCUUGAUGGAGGCGUUUAUGAGCUCAUCGGAUCUGACGUCGUUUUGGGCGGCUCCGCCGGCCCAGCCCACGCCUCAACCUGCUCACGCCCCGGUUCAGCCGCAAUCCUCGGCCUCCACUUCUGACUACCCCAAGCCCCCUGUCGCCGCCCAAUUCCAGCCCUCCGUCACGCCCUUCAACCAGGAGACGCUCAUGCAGCGCCUCCAGGCCCUGAUCGAAGGCGCGCGCGAGAGCUGGACCUACGCCAUCUUCUGGCAGUCCUCCUACGACUACUCCGGCUCCGCCGUUCUCGGAUGGGGGGAAGGAUUUUACAAAGACGAGAGGGACAAGGUUAAGGCCAAGGCCAAAACGACGACAUCCGCCGCCGAACAAGAGUACCGCAAGAAAGUCCUCCGAGACCUCAACUCCUUGAUUUCCGGCGCCGACACGUCAGCAGACGACGCCGUCGUGGAUCAAGAAGUGACUGAUACUGAGUGGUUCUUUCUCCUUUCCAUGACUCAGUCGUUCGUCAACGGUGGCGGGCUUCCGGGUCAGGCCUCUUUUCACUCCACCCCGGUCUGGGUUGCUGGACCGGACCGGCUGGCGGUUUCUCCGUGCGAGCGGGCGCGACAGGGCCAGCUGUUCGGGCUGCAGACUAUGGUUUGCGUUCCGACGGCGAAUGGGGUUGUGGAGUUGGGAUCGACCGAGUUCAUCUACCAGAGCUCCGAUCUGAUGAAUAAGGUCAGGGUUCUGUUUGAUUUCAACAAUUUGGAGGUCGGUUCUUGCCCUAUGAGCGGCGGCGCCACCGCCGAUCAGGGCGAGAACGACCCUUCGUCGCUCUGGCUCAACGAUCCGUCGACCACCACCAUGGAAGUGAAGGACCCGGUGAAUACUUCGGCAACCACCAACAUCAGCAACCAGCUAAUUUCAAAGCCGGUGCAGUUCGACAACCACCCGAGCCCGAUUCAAGUACCACAAUUGCAGCAGCAAGUACAACAACAGCAGCAGCAGCAGACGCAGAGCUUCUUCACCAUGGAGCUCAAUUUCUCCGAUUACGACGGGAGCAGCGUGAAGAAUUCCAAUUCCAAUACGCAUUCGUUGAAGCCCGAAUCAGGCGAGAUUUUGAAUUUCGGGGAGAGCAAGAGGAGCUCUUACAGCGCCAAUGGGAAAUUGUUCUCGGGGCAUUCCCAAAUUACCGCAGCCGAGGAUAACAACAGCAAGAAGAAGAGUUCUCCGCCAUCGCGGGGUAGCAACGACGAGGGGAUAUUGUCCUUUAGUUCGGGAGUGAUUUUGCCGUCCAGCUGUGUGGUCAAAUCGAGCGGCGGUGCCGAUUCAGAUCACUCGGACCUCGAAGCGUCGGUGGUUCGGGAGGCGGAUAGUAGCCGAGUUGUUGACCCGGAAAAACGACCUAGAAAACGGGGUCGGAAACCGGCGAAUGGGAGAGAAGAGCCGCUGAAUCACGUGGAAGCAGAGCGGCAAAGAAGAGAGAAGCUUAACCAGAGAUUCUACGCCCUCCGAGCAGUAGUCCCAAACGUUUCGAAAAUGGACAAAGCGUCGCUGCUCGGAGAUGCCAUAUCUUACAUCAACGAGCUCAAGUUGAAGCUGCAGACGGUGGAGACGGAUAAGGAGGAGUUACAGAAGCAAUUGGAGUCGAUGAACAAUCACUUGCCCUGCAAAGAUUCGAGGUCUUCGGGUUCAAUUAUGUCAGAGGAGGAACUGAAAGGGUGUAGUAGUAAAUUGUUAGACAUGGACAUUGAUGUGAAGAUAAUCGGGCGGGACGCCAUGAUUCGAAUUCAGUGUUGUAAGAAGAACCACCCGGCCGCGAGGUUAAUGGCGGCUCUCAAGGAGCUCGACAUGGAUGUACACCAUGCCAGCGUUUCUGUAGUCAACGAUUUGAUGAUCCAACAAGCCACUGUGAAAAUGGGUAGCCGAAUUUAUACGCAGGAUCAUCUCAGGUUAGCUCUACAUUCGAAAGUCGGGGAAAACCGCCAGACUUGACAAUCCAUCCAGAAACAUUCCAAUCCGAUCCAAUCCGAUCCAAUCCAAUCCAGUUGGUGGGUUAGGGCUUCGGGACAUUUUAAGGCUCCCAGCAAUGCAUAGAGCCCUGCUCUGUAGUCUGUAAUAUAGUUAUUCUACGUCGUUGUCUUCGGGUAGAUUUUGUUUUUUGGUAUUUUGUUCAAGUAUAGAAAUUGAUUUUAAGGUUACUUGGAUUCGAGGAUAUGAAACCACUCGAACAAUUUUUCUGUGUUUCUUUCCUGUGUGUGUAUAAAUUGAAAGGUCUCAAGUAUGUAUUAUUCACGGAAUGCAGCAAAGCAUUGUAUUUCAGAA